AUCAGCGAGCUGAAUUAUGCGUGUUGGAGUAUUAAACAUGUCACCUCCGAUCUCCCAUACCGUGGGUGGUUUAAUAGUUAUUAGACAGUGGACUUUUAUAUCUAUUCACCCUUUUGCACUCCCCAGCAUCGAAGGUUUGGUCCCUGACGGUGACGAUGGAUCUGCCGUGUGAUCAGGCAAAUCCGUUGCUGGAUCACACAGCCCAGAAAGAAAAAAGCGAAUUGGCUCAUCGAGGAAAAUUAGGUAAAAGAAGAAGACCCUCCAGAGUGUGUCUGAAGGCGAAUUUAAUAGCUUCUUCUCAGGUAGAAGAUGACGAAACACGAUCGAAAAUUGGGAAAAAGUUGAAAAACGAAGAGAAUAAAUGCGAUGAGAAAAACGACGAAGAUUGCCGAAGAAACGGAGACGUGGACGAAACAGCCGCUAUAAUUAAGCAAGGACCGAAAGGAACCAUAAUAGAAAUCUGCAGUGGAAGAGAGAGAGAAAUUCCUAUUCUUAAUCGUAGCCGUAGUCCCGAGAACGAUGAUUUCUAUUCCGGUCCCGUGAUAAAAGGUGCCAUUUUGAAAACACCAGAAAACGUAAAUAUAGAAAAACAUUCCCUAAACGUAAUGGAAAACGGUAUUGGGUCGAGUUCCGACGACGAGGAGGAUUUUCUAAUCGAAGACGUGUCCAGUCGCCGUUGGAAAUCGCUCCCGUCCCUGGAUAAAGCCACGAAAUCCGAGGAAAAGGAAGACGCCCCGUGGGUUGGACAGGUCAAGUUGAGACACGUCGACGAUCCCGAAAGUCCAAACAGAAGAGGCUGCAGCGUGCUGUUUUUCGGUCCUCUACCGAAACCGCCCCCGACGACGGUAGACGGAAGCGCCGGAAGUGGCACGCCUUCCGCUAACGACUGGCAACUUCCGCAGACGCAACAAAAAAGUGGGAAUACAUUCCGUCCGGUCAGAACUCGUCCCGCUUCGCUAUGCGAACGCGUGCAAAUCCAAACGUGGGACAGGCGCCAUCUGACGGCUAACUCGAGAACUAACGGAGAAAGGAAGCGGGACUCGAAAUUUCGCAGAAGCGACCCGACCAGGAAUAGCAAAAUAUGGCAGGACAUCCCCCAAAUUACUCACGCAUCGAUGAGCCACGACUCCCAUCCGGAAGUCAAAGAGGUGGUUAAAGGAUGGAAAACAACAGAGACGUUGGAAAACGGCGUACAUCGCUCCAAGAGUUUAAAUGGAAUCGAUAAAGACGAUCGUCAACCGGAAUGGAUCGAACUAAGCAAAAAAGUAACGAGUAAAAACAUCGAUUGGGAUAACUUGCCCACUGCCAAAAAAGGCAGUCGAGGGAAAAGUUUCCAAAACGAAUUAAGAGUGGUAUGGAAAAAAUUGGGUAAUCAGCUGAACAGUGAACCUUCGAAUGAAAAGAAGGCCGAAGAAAAAGAAGAAAUCGUCCUGAAAGAAGACGAUUUACCUGUUAUAAGAAACUGUUUAACCAAGCAAGAUUCUUCAAAACUUUCUUCUAAAAUGUUUUCUCACCGGGAAAAAUUAGAUACAAAUGCUAAUUCUCGGUGCCAGAAAAAAGCGGCUCCGAUCGACGAUCACGUUCACGAAACUUCCAAAAACAAUUCCAUUUGGUCAUCCAACUCGUUGGGAGGAAACGGAGACGUCUCUUGGAUUAAAGAAGCCGAAAAAAGAAGACAGAAAUACAUGGAUUGGCAACGUCCAGCCGUAAAAGAAGAAGACGAGAAAGAGGAAGAGGAGCCAGAGGGAACAAAGAAUGUCUUACAAGUGUGCGAGAACGUCGACAAAGCGCCGGUUCCAUCACGUGAAGAAAAUAAAGGUAACGACGAAGAAACUUCUCCCUUUGCCGUUAAACUUCGUCGAGUUCGUUGCGCAAAACCCGAAGAAUGCUUUCAUCGAGUGAAAUGUCCACUUCCUUCGCUCGACCGGGCUGACGAACAACGAUCUUCGGUUUCUCGUCGUCAUUCUUCGCUUUCUUCUCCCCGAUCGAAGACGGGAAGUGACGAAAGUGAAUCUGUGGUGCGAAACGGAGUCGACAACGAAAAUGGAACUUCCUGCAAACAAUCGAGCGGCGAAUCGUUCUCCGUUCAGUUGUCCGAUUUCGAAGGGGACAACUUCUACGUCGUCAUCAACGAGCGGGACGACGAUAGCUUUUUGCAAAUCAAAUCGGCCAACCAGAGCGGUUCUAAUAACGAUAACUCGACUUCUCGUAGUUUUAAGAGAGAAGAUACAAAACUAGAAGAAUGGACAGAAAAAGAGAAGGCUGUUGCCAUUCGGAAAUUAAUCAAAGAAGUCGAGUCCGUCCGUAACGAUAAACUAAAGAAAGAAGGAAUGGCUAAUGGCGACCACUUUAAUUCCUAUAACGAAGAUUCGACCGUAAUGAAUUGUCGGAAGUCAAUAAUUAGCGCGAAUUCGACAAAUUCCGACGUUCGGACCGAAGUAAAUAAGUCGGAAGUGUACGUAGAUGCAAAGGAAAACGGAAAAGAAAUGGAUAGCAACUGCAGGGGGAACGACAGAAACGAUUCCCUCGACGAGGAACAGAAAAAUGAAGACAAAGAAAGUAAGGGAAAUGGAUUGGUAACAAAAACGAGAAACGGGAUCCAAGAAACUUUCGAAAAUUUAACAAUCAACGGAAUAAGCGCUAUUCCCAUUUAUCCCAGAAAGACGAAACGUAGUCACAAAACGGAGACUCUAGAAGAGAAAGCAUCUAGAAUGACGAACGACAUCUGCGGAGUCCUGAGCAGUUUAGGUAGACAUAAAACAGAAGUGGAAAAACAAUCGCUUCGACGAGACAUCCUGAAGACCCUGACGUGCCCCAGCAUUCGUCAAAAUAAAGAGAAGCCUUCGAGAACUUUAACCUUGGUGACGUGCGACGGAGACGGUUUAGUGGCAUCUUCGGUGCAAGGACGUCUGUCGGAACUCUCUUCUGUGGGAGUUCAAACGAAUUGCGACGAUAUAGAACAGGAGGUGUCGGAAGAAAAGAAGAAUCCGAAAAAAGUUCAGACGAGAAUUAAGAAGAAAACGGUGAAAAUUAUAAUACACGAAUGCGAAGACGACGAAGAGAAGCAAGAAGUGGUAGAAGAAAUCGUGGAACAGAUCUUAGAGCCGAGACAGCAGAAGGGGAAAAUGGUGAGAAAAGAACCGACGAUCUGCAGAGCCGUAGAAGAGACCGAAGACGGACAUAAAUACUUGGCCACUACAGUAACGGACGGUUGCACUUUUUGUAUCGACGAUAGUUCGUAGCUACGUCACGUACGUAGGAUGGCAGUUAGGCC